AUGGCGGACGCCGUCAAGCAGCCGCUCCUCCACCACCAGCCCUACCCCUACGCGUACCCGUCUUACGCCGCGUCGGCCUCGUCCCCCGCGCUCCCCUCCGUGCCCCACUCCGGGACCGCCACCCCCACCCCCGGGGGCGGGGGCGGGGGCGCGGCCUCCUCCUUCGCCGGGGGCCGCCGCUUCCCGGGCGGCCUCGACGUGCCCAACCUCAAGAAGCGCGGCGGCGGCACGCGCAGCUGGAUCCGCGUCGAGGCCGCCACGGCCUCCGUGCAGACGCUCGAGGUCGACAAGGCCACCAUGAUGCGCCGCUGCGAGCUCCCCGCCCGCGACCUCCGCCUCCUCGACCCGCUCUUCGUCUACCCCUCCACCGUCCUCGGCCGGGAGCGCGCCAUCGUCGUCAACCUCGAGCAGAUCCGCUGCGUCAUCACCGCCGACGAGGUGCUCCUCCUUAACUCCCUCGACAGCUACGUCUUCCAGUACGCCGCCGAGCUGCAGCGCCGCCUCCUCCAGCGCGCCGAGGGCGACGAGCUCCCCUUCGAGUUCCGCGCCCUCGAGCUCGCCCUCGAGGCCGCCUGCUCCUUCCUCGACGCCCAGGCAGCAGAAUUGGAAAUUGAAGCAUAUCCCUUACUGGAUGAGCUAACAUCAAAAAUUAGUACUCUAAAUCUGGAACGUGUUCGGCGGCUAAAAAGUAGACUAGUUGCUCUGACCAGAAGAGUCCAGAAGGUCAGGGAUGAAAUAGAACAACUGAUGGAUGAUGAUGGAGAUAUGGCUGAGAUGUAUCUCACCGAGAAAAAGAUGAGGAUGGAAUCAUCAUCUGUGUUUGGUGAUCAGUCGUUGGCGACCUUCAACGCAGCAGCUGCUGGGACUUCAGUUUCAGCUCCCGUGUCUCCAGUCUCGUCACCAACAGAAUCACGGAAAUUGGAGAAAACCUACAGCUUGUGUAGAAGUAGACAUGAUAGUGUAAAGAGCUCAGAUAACACAGUGACUGAACAUAUUGAGGAGCUUGAAAUGUUACUAGAAGCAUAUUUUGUAGUCAUCGACAGCACUCUUAACAAGCUGACCUCGCUGAAGGAGUAUAUUGAUGACACCGAAGAUUUUAUCAACAUUCAGCUGGACAACGUGCGGAAUCAGCUGAUCCAGUUCGAGCUUUUGCUAACAACCGCCACAUUUGUCGUCGCCAUUUUCGGAGUGGUCGCGGGUGUUUUCGGGAUGAACUUCGAGACCGACGUUUUCAACAUCCAGAACGCGUUCCAGUGGGUGCUGAUCAUUACUGGAGUGGUUGGCGCUUUCGUCUUCUGCUUCUUCGUCUGGUUCUUCAAGUACAAGAGACUGAUGCCCCUGUAG